UGCGGCAGAGGGCGGGGUGUGAGAAGCAGAGUACACUGAGACUAGCAUUCACUGCUGGCCAGUGCCUGCCUUUUUCACCACCUCUAAUUUCAGCUUCAGCAGUUGCUUGGAACUUUGGUUCUGGCAGCAGCAGCAACAUCAUUACCGCUAGCGGCAGUUUUGUGCCGAGGCACCUACACACCUGCCGUCCUCUCUGCCAGAUCGCGGGCCUGUCGGUGUCUGCUCCUACACGCCGGUCGGCAGGACCAUGUCUCUGGUAAGCCAGAAUUCGCGCCGCCGCCGCCGCCGCGUUGCAAAGGCUACUGCGCACAACAGCAGCUGGGGCGAAAUGCAGGCCCCUAAUGCCCCCGGUCUCCCCGCUGAUGUGCCAGGCUCAGACGUCCCCCAGGGUCCCAGCGAUUCCCAGAUCCUCCAGGGCCUCUGUGCCUCUGAGGGCCCAAGCACCUCCGUUCUGCCCACCUCCGCUGAGGGCCCAAGCACCUUUGUGCCGCCCACCAUCUCUGAGGCCUCAAGCGCCUCCGGGCAGCCCACCAUCUCUGAGGGACCUGGCACCUCCGUGCUGCCCACCCCCAGUGAGGGCCUAAGCACCUCCGGGCCUGCCACCAUCUCUAAGGGGCUGUGCACCUCUGUGACGCUUGCCGCCUCUGAGGGCCGGAACACCUCCAGGCCGCCCACUUCCUCUGAGGAACCGAGCACCUCAGUGCCGCCCACCGCCUCUGAGGUACUGAGCACCUCCCUGCCGCCCACCCCUGGUGAGGGAACGAGCACCUCCGUGCCGCCCACAGCCUGUGAGGGACCAAGCACCUCCGUGGUGACCACCCCUGAUGAGGCACCGCGCACCUCCGUGCCGCCCACCCCUGGUGAGGGACCCGGCACCUCCGUGCCGCUCACCGCCGCUGAGGGCCUGAGCACCUCCGUGCCGGCCACUCCUGAUGAGGGACCGAGCACCUCCGUACCGCCCACCGCCACUGAGGGCCUGAGCAUCCCCGUGCCGCCCACCCGUGAUGAGGGACCGAGCACCUCCGUGCCGGCCGCUCCUGGUGAGGGACCGAGCACCUCCGUGCUGCCCGCCGCCUCUGACGGACAAAGCAUCUCCUUGGUGCCCACCCCCGGUAAGGGAUCAAGCACCUCCGUGCCACUCACCGCCACUGAGGGCCUGAGCACCUCCGUGCAGCCCACUGCUGGUGAGGGACCGAGCACCUCCGUGCCGCCCACCCCUGGUGGGGGACUGAGCACCUCCGUGCCGCCCACCCCUGGUGAGGGACUGAGCACCUCUGUGCCUCCCACCGCCACUGAGGACUUGAGCACCUCCGUGCCGCCCACUCCCGGUGAGGGACCAAGCACUUCCGUACUGCCAACCCCCGGUGAGGGACUGAGCACCUCUGUGCCGCCCACCGCCUCUGAUGGAUCGGACACCUCCGUGCCGCCCACUCCUGGUGAGGGCCCAAGCACCUUAGUGCAGCCCACCGCCCCUAACGGACCGGGACCGGGAAGCUCCGUGCUGCCCAACCCUGGUGAGGGCCCCAGCACAUUGCUUAGCUCUAGUGCUUCUGUGGACCGGAACCCCUCCAAGUGUUCCCUUGUUUUGCCAAGCCCUAGGGUAACCAAGGCCUCCGUGGACUCAGACUCUGAGGGUCCUAAGGGUGCAGAAGGCCCUAUAGAAUUCGAGGUCCUGAGAGACUGUGAGAGCCCCAACUCCGUUAGUAUUAUGGGCCUCAAUACUUCCCGGGUUGCAAUUACCCUGAAGCCCCAGGACCCUAUGGAACAGAAUGUAGCUGAGCUGUUGCAGUUCCUGCUGGUGAAGGAUCAGAGCAAGUACCCUAUCCGGGAGUCUGAAAUGCGGGAAUAUAUUGUUAAAGAAUAUCGCAACCAGUUUCCUGAGAUACUCAGGCGAGCAGCAGCCCACCUGGAGUGCAUUUUUAGGUUUGAAUUGAGAGAACUUGACCCUGAGGCACACACCUACAUUCUGUUAAACAAACUGGGACCUGUGCCCUUUGAAGGGUUAGAAGAGAGCCCAAAUGGGCCAAAGAUGGGCCUCCUGAUGAUGAUUCUAGGCCAAAUAUUCCUGAAUGGCAACCACGCCAAGGAGGCUGAGAUUUGGGAAAUGCUCUGGAGGAUGGGGGUGCAGCGGGAAAGGAGGCUUUCCAUUUUUGGGAACCCGAAGAGACUUCUGUCUGUGGAGUUUGUGUGGCAGCGUUACUUAGACUACAGGCCAGUAACUGACUGUAAACCAGUGGAGUAUGAGUUUUUCUGGGGCCCAAGAUCCCACCUAGAAACCACCAAGAUGAAAAUUCUGAAGUUCAUGGCUAAAAUAUAUAACAAAGAUCCUAUGGAUUGGCCAGAGAAAUACAACGAAGCUCUGGAAGAAGAUGCUGCCAGAGCCUUUGCUGAGGGUUGGCAGGCUCUCCCUCACUUUAGGAGGCCCUUUUUUGAGGAAGCUGCUGCAGAGGUAGCAUCCCCUGAUUCAGAGGUUUCCAGCUAUUCCUCAAAAUAUGCCCCACAUUCAUGGCCUGAGUCAAGAUUGGAGAGCAAGUCAAGGAAGUUGGUGCAGUUAUUUCUGCUUAUGGAUUCAACUAAGCUGCCUAUACCAAAGAAAGGAAUUCUGUACUACAUUGGCCGAGAGUGCAGCAAAGUGUUCCCUGACCUCCUGAAUCGUGCUGCCCGCACCCUGAACCAUGUCUAUGGGACAGAACUAGUGGUACUUGAUCCCAGGAAUCACUCCUAUACCCUGUACAACCGAAGGGAGAUGGAAGAAACUGAGGAGAUCGUAGACAGUCCAAACAGGCCUGGCAACAACUUUUUGAUGCAGGUCCUAAGCUUCAUCUUUAUAAUGGGCAACCAUGCCAGGGAGUCUGCAGUCUGGGCCUUUCUGCGGGGCUUAGGGGUUCAAGCUGGGAGAAAGCAUGUGAUUACCUGCAGAUACCUGAGUCAGCGCUAUAUAGACAGUUUACGGGUUCCUGACAGUGAUCCAGUGCAAUAUGAGUUUGUAUGGGGUCCUAGAGCCCGUUUGGAAACCUCUAAGAUGAAAGCCUUGCGAUAUGUGGCCAGAAUCCACAGAAAGGAACCACAGGACUGGCCACAGCAGUACAGGGAGGCAAUGGAAGAUGAGGCCAAUAGAGCUGAUGUUGGGCACAGGCAAAUCUUUGUUCACAACUUCAGGUAGAGGAAUGCAUGGCAGUCAGAGGGGCCUUGCAAAGAGGGGCCUUUGAGCCUCAGUUCUCAUGUAUUGGGGGGUGGGGGCGGGCACAUACUGUAUUUGGUAUUUGUGUUCCAGUUAUAUUUAUGUCUUUUCAUAUUUAGUUCUUGUGUGGUGUCUGGAAAUGUUUCAACUGUUUUAAUAUAUUGUCUGAUUGGGUAAAUGUGAUUGACCACUUGCUGUCUCUGUUGUAUUUUGGUAUGGGUUUUGAUAGCUCUAUAAAAUGUUUUGGAAAUCUUUCCAUCUUGUUGCAUUAUCUAGAAGAGAAUAUAUAGCAUAUAGCUAUAGAUAUAGGCUUUUCCUUGAAAGCUUGAAAAACAUUCGCCAGUAAAAUAAUCUAGCUUAAAGUGAUAAACUAACAAACAAAUAUAACAACAACUGAAAAAGCACUCUAAAUUGUGGCUGGCUUCCCUUUCUGUCUGCUAUUGUGUGAAGAAUACUGAUAUUUACCUGUAUUUGCUUUGCUGUACUAAAAUGUAAUGAAAAAUAAAAGAUUAAUAAAUGAAACAUAAUGCUAA